GUAAGUGAAGAAGAAGAAGCCAAGGAAAUCCUCUGUCAACGCCGCCGAUGCACUUACACAUCUCUGAGAUCUCUCUCACUCACUCUGCUUAGAUAAUAGAUUUGACUCUGCUCCUUUUUCUUUUGGUCUUGGGAUCCCUCACUUCCAGGCCACCUAGUCACAAAGGCACAGCAAAAGCUUUCUUGUGCUUCUUCUCCGACUAGGAUUUCUUUCUUUCUCGACGAAACCAACUUGAAAGAGAGAGAGAGAGAGAGAGUCUCUGAGGUGGGGGGCCAUGGAGAUUCCGGCGGCGCCGCCGCCUCCAUUGCCGGUGCUGUGCUCGUACGUCGUCUUCUUGCUGCUGCUGUCUUCGUGCUCACUGGCCAGAGGGAGGAUCGCGGUUUCUUCCCCGGGCCCGUCGCCUGUGGCCGCCGCCGUUACAGCCAAUGAGACCGCUUCAUCCUCUUCUUCUCCGGUGUUUCCGGCCGCUCCUCCCGUCGUGAUCACAGUGGUGAGGCACCACCAUUACCACCGGGAGCUGGUCAUCUCCGCUGUCCUCGCCUGCGUCGCCACCGCCAUGAUCCUCCUCUCCACACUCUACGCCUGGACGAUGUGGCGGCGGUCUCGCCGGACCCCCCACGGCGGCAAGGGCCGCGGCCGGAGAUCAGGGAUCACACUGGUGCCAAUCCUGAGCAAGUUCAAUUCAGUGAAGAUGAGCAGGAAGGGGGGCCUUGUGACGAUGAUCGAGUACCCGUCGCUGGAGGCGGCGACAGGCAAGUUCGGCGAGAGCAAUGUGCUCGGUGUCGGCGGCUUCGGUUGCGUUUAUAAGGCGGCGUUUGAUGGCGGUGCCACCGCCGCCGUGAAGAGGCUUGAAGGCGGCGGGCCGGAUUGCGAGAAGGAAUUCGAGAAUGAGCUGGAUUUGCUUGGCAGGAUCAGGCACCCAAACAUAGUGUCUCUCCUGGGCUUCUGUGUCCAUGGUGGCAAUCACUACAUUGUUUAUGAGCUCAUGGAGAAGGGAUCAUUGGAGACACAGCUGCAUGGGUCUUCACAUGGAUCUGCUCUGAGCUGGCACGUUCGGAUGAAGAUCGCGCUCGAUACGGCGAGGGGAUUAGAGUAUCUUCAUGAGCACUGCAAUCCACCUGUGAUCCAUAGGGAUCUGAAACCUUCUAAUAUACUUUUAGAUUCAGACUUCAAUGCUAAGAUUGCAGAUUUUGGCCUUGCGGUCACCGGUGGGAAUCUCAACAAAGGGAACCUGAAGCUUUCCGGGACCUUGGGUUAUGUAGCCCCUGAGUACUUAUUAGAUGGGAAGUUGACUGAGAAGAGCGAUGUAUACGCAUUUGGAGUAGUGCUUCUAGAGCUCCUGAUGGGAAGGAAGCCUGUUGAGAAAAUGUCACCAUCUCAGUGCCAAUCAAUUGUGUCAUGGGCUAUGCCUCAGCUGACCGACAGAUCGAAGCUCCCCAACAUAAUUGACCUGGUGAUCAAGGACACCAUGGACCCAAAACACUUGUACCAAGUUGCAGCAGUGGCUGUUCUAUGUGUGCAGCCCGAACCGAGCUACAGACCACUGAUAACAGAUGUUCUCCACUCUCUUGUUCCUCUAGUGCCUGCGGAGCUCGGAGGAACACUCAGGGUUGCAGAGCCACCUUCACCUUCUCCAGACCAAAGACAUUAUCCUUGUUGAGAUGUGAUCCGAUAAUUUCGUUGAAGGAGGAAAAAAAAACUAUACUGCCGAAUGUAGAUUACUGUUUAUCGUGUAACUUAUCUUACCUGUAAUUUCUGCUUGUCUGAAGAUGAGGGUUCCAAGCUGCUGCUUUUGCUGGCUGGACUGAGAGAAUUCUGCUUUGGAGAGAAUUUUUCUCAUAUACCUUUUCAUGUACAAAGGAUCAUUUUAUUUUACUUGGAUCUGGUACCUGCUGUACAGAUCCAAAUUUUCCAUACCCUAUAGCUCAAUUGCGUUUGAGAAAUCUGUGAUUUGGGCUCCACACAGGUGUCAACAGUUAAUUUGCUGAAUAAGAAAUUUGAUUGCUGCCUGGUUA